AUGGCACUGCACGCAGUGGACAAUACUACGACUUGGACGGGUUCUGCGGUGUGGACCAAGAGAGAUUCCUUCAAUAAGCUGGGAAACCAUGGAUCAGUUUAUCUUGUCUUUGUACUCUUGAUAUCGGCUUGUGUCGUCUUUCGUGGCUACACUAAGCCAGUGGACAAAUGGCCCGUACUCAACCCGACUGGAUUCGAGAUCAUGGGAUUCAGACGGCGAGUUGAGUUCGCUGAUAUUGCUGGCAAACUGCUCGAGAAAGGCCGACAAAUGUUUCCCGAACAGCCUUACCAUAUGAUCACAGACACCUGCAAUCUUCUCAUUCUACCGCCCAAGUUUGUUGAAGGAAUUCGGAACAAUCCCGACCUGAAUUUCUCUGAGAGUAUCACGGAAGAGUUUCAUGCCUACCUCCCCGGUUUUGAGACAUUCGCCGCUGGCCGCGAGGAUGACCUCUCCAAGAUUGUGGUGAAAAAGCAAUUAACAAAGAUGCUAAACCAGAUUACGGAACCUCUAUCUGUCGAGACCGACUUCGCUCUCAGAAACCGCUUUGGAACCUCCACAGGUGAGAAUAUGUGUCCGAAAUGCUAUAUUCAUGAUACUGAUGCUAUUGAAGAUUGGAUGGAAUUUGAUCUUUAUGAUGGUAUUCUUGAUAUCGUGGCGAGAAUCUCUUCCCGAGUUUUUCUUGGACCUGAACUUUGUCGUAACCAGGAAUGGCUUGACAUCACGAAGAACUAUACCGUCGAUAGUUUCAUCGCCGCAUUCAUUCUGCGACUUUUCCCAAAGCCGCUUCGAUGGAUUAUCCACUGGGUUCUACCCCAGUGUAGACGAAUUCGAGGCCAAAUUGCGGAUUCAAAGAAACUCAUCGAGCCCGUAUACAGGAGUCGUAGAGAGCUUCGCCAGCGCAUGAGAGAGGAGGGAGGACACGUCCCAAAUUUUAACGAUGCUAUCGAUUGGUUCGACCAGGAAGCGAAAGGGGAGCCCUACAAAGAGGCUUACUGUCAGCUCGGACUGUCUAUGGCUGCUAUCCAUACCACGACGGACCUACUGACUGAGACGAUGGUGCAAAUCAUGGUACACCCAGAGUUGUUUGUUGCCCUCCGCGACGAGAUCAGCAAAGUGCUGGGUGUGGAAGGCUGGAAGAAGACUUCGCUGUACAAUCUCAAACUGCUUGACAGUGUCAUGAAGGAAUCUCAGAGGCUAAGGCCUGGGGGUAUGGUUUCUAUGCAACGCAUCGCCCUUCGAGACACCAGGCUACCCGAUGGCUCUUUCUUACCCAAGGGCCAGCGUUGUGCUGUCGAUCUCAAUGGCCCUGGUGGCAUGGUGUCUAGUGAACACUACGACAACCCACAGAGUUUCGACCCAUAUCGGUUCGCCCGCAUGCGAGGUCAACCUGGCCUUGACUCCAAAUCGCAUCUCGUAAGCACAGGCCCUUCUCACCUGGGUUUUGGUCACGGUCAACACUCUUGCCCGGGUCGCUUUUUCGCAUCCAACGAAGUCAAGGUCGCGCUUUGCCAUCUACUGAUGAACUACAACUGGAAGUUGCCAGAGGGCGUUGUGCCCGAUACUAUGAAGAGUGGAUUUAGUAUGGGAACUGACCCCAAGCUCAAGAUACUCUUUCAGCGACGCAGUAAACCUGAGAUUGACUUACUUAAUCUUUAG